AAAGCACAGUUUACUUCUCAUGUUCUGCCUGACUCUUUUACCUCCUUAUGUUGAUGUUACUUUUCUUUUUUUCUCUCUCUAUUUCAGUUUCCUUUCUUCUGGGGAUAUUGCCUGCAUGGCAAUCUGUUCCAGCAAUUACUCAACCAUCAUGGCGUUUUGCUUCCUGGAAGAGCUUCAGUGGGAAUUUGCUGCUUCCUACGAUACAACAAGCAUCAGUUUAGCUUCCAGACCAUAUGCUUUUCUUGAAUUUGAUAACGUUAUUCAGAAAGUGAAAUACCAUUUUAAUUGCACGACUGGCUCUCGAACAAAAGCCAACUGGGAGAAGAUUGAGGAGGAGCUGAAGUUCCAGCCCCCAGUUCAGCUGAAGCUGGAGGAUGCAGAGCUGAUGAAUGGGGUGGUUAACGGCGGGCACGCAGGCGUUCAUGUGGAGGUUGUCCCUACUUACAGGAUGGAGCGUGUGACUCCCCUGGGAAUUCUGUCGCUGGUGCUGAACAUCAUGUGUGGAGCUUUGAAUCUCAUUCGAGGAGUUCACCUAGCAGAGAAUUCAUUUCAGGAGGACCAUGAAGGCAUUGGAAAUGUGAUAGCUUUUAUUCUACCUUUUCUAGCCUGUGUUUUUCAGUGUUACUUGUACCUCUUCUACAGCUCAGCGAGGAAGGUGAAGACGUUUGUCCUCUUUUUCUCCAUUUGUUUCUGCAACGUUUACUUGUACGGAUUACGGAACCUCUGGCAAAUUGCCUUUCACAUAGGAGUGGCAUCGCUUUCUUCUUAUCAGAUCCUGACAAGGCAGCUUCUGGAGAAACAGCCUGACUGCGGAGUAUGAAGAAAGACUUUGGGUUUGCUACUCUAUUUUUACAACCUUUUUUAUAAUAUGAAAUUGGCC